AUGUUAUCAAAAAAUUUCAUUCGAUGUCUUAUUGAUUCAAAUAAUACAAAAUAUCAACAGAUAUUUUUACGUUAUGCUAGUACGAAUUCGAAAGAAUCUGUUAGUGAUUCAAAAGAAAAAGUGGUUCCGAAAGAUGAACUUCAUUCAUUUAUUGUUCGAUGUAUGUUGAAAGUUGGUACACGUCCAUCGCAUGCAGAAGUAUUAGCAGAUAAUUUAAGUAUGGCAGACUAUCGUGGUCACUAUAGUCAUGGAUUAAAUCGACUUGAUAUGUAUGUAAAUGAUAUAAAAAAUGAAACAACAGCAAAAGAUGGUGAUCCAAUUAUUCUUAAAGAAUCACCUGGAACAGCAUUAGUUGAUGGACAAAAUUUAUUAGGACCUUAUGUUGGCAAAUUUUGUAUGGAUAUUGCUAUGGAAAAAGCAAAGAACAUUGGUAUUGGAUUAGUUGCUGCUCGUCGUUCAAAUCAUUUUGGUAUUGCUGGGUAUUAUUCAUUAAAAGCCGUUGAUAAAGAUCUUAUUGGUUGGGCAUUUACUAAUACAAGUCCACUUGUUGUACCAACACGUUCAAAAGCACAAUCAUUAGGAACAAAUCCCAUAGCAUUUGGUGCACCUGCUUUAAAUGGUGAUAGUUUUAUGCUUGAUAUGGCAACAUCAACUGUUGCAUUAGGCAAAGUUGAAAUUAGUCAACGACGUGGUAACGAUAUUCCAAAUACAUGGGGUGUUAAUGCACAGGGUGUACCUGUAACAAAACCACAAGAAGUACAAGGUCUAUUGGCAUUAGGUGGCCCAGAAGAAUCAUCUGGUUAUAAAGGUUAUGGUUUAGCAAUGAUGGUUGAAAUUCUAUGUGGAAUAUUAUCUGGUAGUCAUUUUGGACCAUGGAUUCGUUCAUGGAAAGCAAGUACAACUGAAGCUAAUCUUGGACAAUGUUUUAUUGCUAUUAAUCCAAAUGUAUUCGAAGAUGAAUUUGAAGAACGUUUACAAAAAUUAAUUAAUUAUUGUCGAGCAUUACCACCAUCAGAAUCUGGUAAACCAGUUCUUAUUGCUGGUGAUCCUGAACGAGCACAUAUGUUGAAAUGUGACAAACUUGGUGGUAUUCCAUAUCCUCCAUCACAAAUUGAAUUCAUACAUACUCUAGCACGUUCAUUAAAAAUAGAUACACCUACUAUUCAAUAA